AUGCUCGGACUCGCACGCACUGCGGCAGGCCGCACCGGCCCUGUCAUGCGUCUUGCGUCGCCCAGGAUGCCUGGUCUCCUCCGUCUCCGUGGCUUUGCUAGCGUGCGCAAGGACCCUGAAGAAGCGACGGGUCUGUACUACCACGCGCUCCCUGGUGAGGAGGGCGUCUGGGCGCUCUCGCUCCUAUCGACGCCCCCCGCCUCGGCGUCGGCGGCGAGCGUGCUUGGCAUCCUUCGCACACGCGAUGGUGAAGAGCCUGCAGAGUACCUGCGCAAGAACCCUGACGAAAUGCGCCGCAACGAUGCGUUCUGGGACGUGCUGCACCGUGUCCUGCAGGCGCAGGUGCCGGACGACGAGCCGCUCCAAGUCGAGGCGAUGAACCGCGGCAACGGGUGGGCGCACAUGUGCGAUGCGCGAAACGAGGCUGCGCCUGGUCGCGUCGCAUCGCCCGACGACAUCUUUGGCAGCGUGGCCUUUUCGGAAGGCAAACUGGACGCCUCGACGUACGAGCGCAACGACACGUACCGCUUCUGCGUCAAGCCCGAGGGGCCCAUGCAGCUUCCCCGCCACUGGCUCGAUAGCAUCCGCAAGCAACUUGCGUCGUCCUAA